GGAGUGACUGAGGUUGGCACUGGUGAGGGCCAGAGGACAGCCACACUGCUCCACCAGACAGCGGACAAAGGAGGAGUCUGGGAUCCUGAGUCCCACCAGAGGGAGUCCCGGGUUGAGGGCAGGGUUCAGGUCUCCUCCUCUCUCAAAGACUGUGGUGACUGGCCCGGGGAGGAGACGGGACAGGAGACUAGACGGAACUGUCACUUUGGCCCACCU